AUGGCCAUCUCGGAUACGUCUUGCGGGAAUAUAAUUGCGUUGUUUGUUGCUGCAACUAUGUUAUUAGCUAUAGUUUGUUGUCAAAGUCAGCUGAUCACUAAAACACCUAACGUCGUUGUUUCAAAAGACGGGACCGGUGAUUUCAAGACUAUAGCUGGAGCAAUACUAGCAGCGCCGAAUAAGAGUGACCAACCAUACUAUAUCAAGAUUAAACGAGGGACAUAUCAGGAAUAUAUUCGAGUUGAUAAAAAAAAGGCGAAUAUAGUCCUGAUCGGAGAAGGAAUGGAUAAUACAAUAAUAACAGGUAAUAAAAAUUACGUCGGCGGCAAUAAAACCUAUGAUACUGCAACAGUGGGGGUUCUUGGGAGUGGCUUCACAGCCCAAGACAUCACCUUUAGAAAUGACGCUGGACCGGGAAAGUAUCAAGCAGUGGCACUAAGAGUAGAAGCAGAUUCGGCUUCCUUCUAUAGAUGUCGUUUUGAUGGGUAUCAAGACACUCUAUAUUCCAAAAGGAACCGGCAAUUCUACCGUGAUUGUGAAAUUUAUGGCACGAUAGACUUCAUUUGUGGUGAUGCAACGGCGUUGUUCCAAAACUGCUUAAUUGAAGCACGCAUUCCAUUGGCCAAACAAUAUAACACAAUCACAGCACAAAAGAGAGAUUUAGAGGAAUUUGCAACCGGAAUAGUGCUUCAAAAUUGCACUAUAAAGGCUUCCCAAGAUUUGGAGAAAAUGGAUAACGUCACCACCUUUUUAGGUCGACCAUGGGGUAUAUUCUCUAGAACAGUGAUCAUGGAAAGUUACAUUGACCACUUUAUAAAUCCUAGAGGAUGGAUUGAAUGGAUUGAAUCUGCAAAUAAAUUCAUUGUUCGUCGUCGUUCAUAUUAUCUGGAAUAUAGGAAUAAAGGACCAGGUGCUAUUACUCAGGGACGUGUGACAUGGACAUUCGUCACUAGGGAUCCGAAUAUUGCAUCAAAUUUCACAGUUAGGCACUUCAUAAAUGGUGACAAGUGGAUUCCCGCCAAUAUCCCACAUUAUUUAGAUUUUUCUUAA